AUGGAUCAGCCAACGACCACGCAGACCCCGCAUCCGCACGAGCCCAUCAGCUUCGGGAUUGAUCAGAUUUUGAACAGCCCCGACCAGGAGCCGGCUUCCCAAAGCGGGGGCCGAGGAGCCCCCGACGGACCCACCACUUACCUGGCCAGUCCCUCCGGCGGAGGAGCAUCAGGAGUAGCACCAGGAGGAGGAGGAGGAGGAGGAGGAGGUCCCGGCCGGAGCGGGGCUCCCUACCCUUCGCUGCCGCCGGGCUCUGCUUUCCCGGGCCUGGGCCCCCCCUUCGAGGACUCUGGAUCUUACAGUGUCAACCUGAGCCUGGCCCCAUCUGGCGUGAUCCGGGUGCCAGCCCACAGGCCCAUCCCCGGGGCAGUGCCGCCCCCCAUCGCCAGCGCCAUCCCGACCAUGCCAGCUGUGCCCGGCCUUGGCAGCCUCAACUUCCCCUGGAUGGAGAGCAGCCGGCGCUUCGUCAAGGACAGGUUCACAGCGGCGGCGGCGCUGACGCCUUUCACGGUGACGCGGCGGAUCGGGCACCCGUAUCAGAACCGGACCCCUCCGAAGCGGAAGAAGCCGCGCACCUCCUUCUCGCGGGUCCAGAUCUGCGAGCUGGAGAAGCGCUUCCACCGGCAGAAGUACCUGGCCUCCGCCGAGAGGGCCGCCCUGGCCAAGUCCCUCAAGAUGACCGACGCCCAGGUCAAGACCUGGUUCCAGAACAGGAGGACCAAGUGGCGGAGGCAGACGGCAGAGGAGCGGGAGGCCGAGCGGCAACAGGCGAGCCGACUGAUGCUGCAGCUCCAGCACGACGCCUUCCAGAAGUCCCUGAACGACUCCAUCCAGCCAGACCCUCUCUGCCUCCACAACUCCUCGCUCUUCGCCCUCCAGAACCUCCAGCCCUGGGAAGAGGAGGCUGCCAAGAUCCCCCCGGUCACCUCCCUGGUCUGAGAAGGAGGACGCCCUCCACUCCCUCUGCAUGACCCCCAA